GCUGAGCUGCAGAUCUUCAGAGCUUCAGAGACGACCAGCAUCACUGCAGGGAACAGACUCUACCUCACAGGAACCAGCAGCACAAUGACUCUAGCAGCGUACCGAGAGAAGCUGAGAGAGCUCCCCCUGGUGUCUCUCUUCUGCUCCUGCAUCCUCCCCAGAAUCACAGAGGACAAGAAGGAAGCGGGCGUUGUGGACUUGAACCUGUGCAACAUCCGGCACAUGGAGGUGAUCGAGCUGAGCAAGCGUUCGAGCGGCCAGGCCUUCGAAGUCAUCUUGAAGCCGCCAACGUUCGACGGCGGCCCCGAGCUGAGAGCAACCACACCCCCCCGCCAGAAGCCCUCUCUGGAGGAGAUCCAGAAGAAGCUGGACGCCGCCCAGGAGAGGAGGAAGUGUCACGAGGCGGAGUUGCUGAAGCACCUGGCCGAGAGGAGGGAGCACGAGCGUGAAGUCGCUCAGAAAGCUCUGACCAAAGAGCGCCAGGAGCAUCGGGCCGACGCCUAUAAAGAGCAGCGGCAGAUGCACCUGAACGCAUCACAGGAGCACCUGAACGCAUCGCAGGAGAGACUGCAGGAGGAGGACAAGCACAGUGUGGAGGUGUCUUGAUGGCCUGAUCACAACACAAGCUGAAAUCAAUUUGGAAGCCAUUUCCAAGGGCGGAUGAUCUGAGGACUGAAGAGCCGGCGCUGCUCCAACUGGAGUCUGACAGGAAGAGACUCACAUAAACAGAGUCAGAGAAGAAGAACAGAGAGGAGGAGGAGGACUGAAGGUUGGACCUCCUCUGAACAACCAGGACUCUUCUUAACGAGAUAGACUCUUUAAUAACGGGAUAAUCACUUCUUCUCAAGGACGCUGCAUCUUCAUCAUCAGACGGCUCACGGAGGUUUUACUGCGCCGACAGUGCCAAUGUGUUCAUGUGUGAUUGUGUACGUAUCAAGGAAUAUUCUGGAAAGUUUGACCACACCUGAAACUGAAAUUGGACCGUGACCCAAAGGAAACAUCACCGAAACAAGAAGUGAGUCCAGAAAAGAGCCGAGAAGAUUGGAUAUGGUGGAAUCUGAUAUCUGGAUGGACAACAAUUCUGAGUGAAACAGCUCCAUCUGCUGCCAAGUCUAGAUACUUACAGUUAUUGUGAAACAGAACCAUAAUAAAGAGAGUUAUCCUGGGCUCUUAAGUGAUAUCUAAGGGAAUUAAAGUGAGCCAAGACGGUGUUCAAACACAGGUCCGACAAACCCAAUACCAAUACUGAACUUCGAUUAGACCAAAGAUAGUUGUGUGUCUGAUACUAAGUGUCCUGGUAAAAGAAAAUGGCAUGAUAAGGAUGAGGCAAAAGACCCACAAACGAGACCAUCAAGCUCAGAUACAUUUGGGCAAUUGAGACAAGUCUGAGUCACAGAGAUCUUUAGAGUCUGAUGAGUUCGGUUAAAAACACGCCAAGAAAGUCAAAGGAGUUACAACGCUUACAAGAUCCAGACAUGUCCUGGUCAAAAUGUCCACGGUACAGAGACAGUUCAAAUAUAGAUUAUACCAAUAAGAGUCUCACGGAGAAACCUGGUCUCCUACAAAUUACGUUCUUAUUCAACAAAACAGUACAGUCAAUUAUGUUUAGAUGGUAUUUAGUAUCACAAGUACGCUUUUAACCAAAUUCCCUAUAAGGUGAAGGUCAAUGUGAGUGUGUGGGUCAAACCAAACACAACUUUUACCCGUGUAAUGGUUCUCAAAAUGUGACCGUAAUGGGAACGUGAUUUUGUAGGAGAUCUGGAGAGGCUGUGAUUAGUCCGAGACGAUUAAUAAGUCACCACAAAAGAAAACACGAUUAGACCUGAGUAUCGAUCUCCUUUCACACCUCCCAAGGUUUGUUUUAUUUUCAAGUUUGUAGUUAUAUUAUAUUUCUGAAUAUCAAGACAUUAUACAAACAUUAGCAUUCUAGCACUAAUGCUACCAUUUGAAGCUACAUUUCAGCCCCCUACUGGUGAAAGUAUAUUAUGUCAAGUGUUUACAGCUCGUGUGUGUGUGUGUGUUUCACUGGCUGUGUUAAGGAAUGAUGAUGAUGAUGAUGAUGAUGAUGAUGAUACUGAUGAUAAAUAUUGUACAGAAAUCACAUUAUAUUUUAAAUCGAAUAAUAAAUCAAUGACACGUUACUUCUUUGUU